CUGCGACCGCUGACUAGCUCCAAGGACGCCCGCACGGGACCUACCUGCCCGGCCUGGCAGCCGCUAGCAGAGGCCUUGGCUCCGGGAGCACGGAAAAUGGGAGGAUUCCUGGGGUUUGACCACAACCGCUGUCUCCCGGCGCUGCUCCUGGCCUCGCUGAGCGCGCUGGGCUUUGCCCAGUACGAGCACUGGCCCUACCUCCCCGGGUACCCCGAGCCGCCCCCGCCGGCGUACGAGGCCCCUCCGCGGCCGGCGAACGUCCCCAAGAUCCAGCUGCGCCUGGCGGGGCAGAAGAGGAAGCACAACGAGGGCCGCGUGGAGGUGUUCUACGGCGGCGAGUGGGGCACCGUGUGCGACGACGACUUCUCCAUCCACGCGGCUCACGUGGUCUGCAGGGAGCUGGGCUACGUGGAGGCCGUGUCCUGGCUCCCGAGCUCCAAGUACGGGAAGGGAGAAGGGAGGAUCUGGAUGGACAACGUGCACUGCACUGGCAAGGAGAGCACCCUGGCAGCCUGCACGUCCAACGGCUGGGGCGUCACGGACUGCAAGCACACGGAGGACGUCGGCGUGGUCUGCAGCGAGAAGAGAAUCCCCGGCUUCAAGUUCGACAACUCGCUGCUUAACCAGAUAGAGAACAUGAACAUCCAAGUGGAGGACAUACGGAUCCGCGCCAUCCUGGCCACCUACCGCAAGCGGGUGCCCGUCACGGAAGGCUACGUGGAGGUGAAGGAAGGGGGCACCUGGAAGCAGAUCUGCGACACGCACUGGACCAUGAAGAACUCCCGCGUCGUCUGCGGCAUGUUCGGCUUUCCGAGCGAGAGGAAAUACAACGCCAAGGUCUACAAGAUGUUUGCGAGCAGAAGGAAGCAGCACUACUGGGCCUACUCCAUGGACUGCGGCGGCAACGAGGCGCACAUCUCCAGCUGCAAACUGGGCAACCACCUCGACGCGGGCGCCGCCAAGAACGCCACGUGCGACAACGGCAUGCCCGCCGUGGUCAGCUGCGUGCCCGGCCGGGCCUUCGCCCCCAGCAGCCACAGCGGCUUCCGAAAAGCCUUCAGGCAGGAGCAGCCGCUGGUGAGGCUGAAAGGAGGCGCCAACACGGGCGAAGGGCGCGUCGAGGUGCUCAAAAACGGCGAGUGGGGAACGGUGUGCGACGACAACUGGAACCUGGUGUCGGCCAGCGUGGUGUGCCGCGAGCUGGGCUUCGGGAGCGCCAAGGAGGCCGUAACGGGCGCCAGGCUCGGGCAAGGUAUGGGUCCGAUUCAUCUGAAUGAGAUUGACUGCACGGGCUUUGAGAAGUCGCUCACGGACUGCAAGUUCAACACGGCGUCGCAGGGCUGCAACCACGAGGAAGACGCUGCCGUGAGAUGCAACGUGCCGGCCAUGGGCUUCCAGAACCAGCUGCGGCUCAGCGGCGGCCGCAACCCCUACGAGGGCCGCGUGGAGGUGCUGGCCGAGCGCAACGGGACGCUGCGCUGGGGCACGGUGUGCAGCGAGAACUGGGGCACCGUGGAGGCCAUGGUGGUGUGUCGGCAGCUGGGCCUGGGCUUCGCCAGCCAUGCCUUCCAGGAAACCUGGUACUGGCACGGAGACGUCAGCGCCGACAGCGUGGUCAUGAGCGGCGUCAAGUGCUCGGGGACGGAGAUGUCGCUGGCGCACUGCCGUCACGACGGCGCCGACGUCUCCUGCCCCAGAGGAGGUGGCCGCUUUGGCGCCGGCGUGUCCUGCUCGGAGACCGCCCCGGACCUGGUGCUCAACGCGGAGCUGGUGGAGCAGACGGCCUACCUGGAGGACCGGCCCAUGUUCAUGCUGCAGUGCGCGCUCGAGGAGAACUGCCUGGCCAGCUCGGCUGUCAACACGUCCCUCACCUCGGGCUACCGGCGCCUGCUGCGCUUCUCCUCCCAGAUCCACAACAACGGGCAGUCCGAUUUCCGCCCCAAGAACGGCCGCCACGCCUGGGUCUGGCACGACUGUCACAGGCAUUACCACAGCAUGGAGGUUUUCACCCACUACGACCUCCUGAACCUCAACGGGACCAAGAUAGCCGAGGGACACAAGGCCAGCUUCUGCCUCGAGGACACCGAGUGCGAAGCAGACGUGCAGAAACAGUACGAAUGCGCCAAUUUUGGUGAACAAGGCAUCACGGUGGGAUGCUGGGACGUGUAUCGGCACGACAUCGACUGCCAGUGGAUCGAUAUCACCGACACCCCACCCGGCGAUUACCUCUUCCAGGUUGUCAUCAACCCAAACUACGAAGUCGCCGAAUCCGACUACUCGAACAACGUGAUGAAAUGCAGGUGCCGGUACGACGGGCAGCGCAUCUGGAUGUACAACUGCCACAUAGGCGGCUCCUUCAGCGAGGAGACGGAACAGAAGUUCGAUCACUUCAGCGGACUCACAAAUAACAAGGUGUCCACCCGAUAG